CUCUCGGACUAGAACGAAAAGCUACGUCCGAGGCUACGUCCUUUGAUUUAGUAUCUAUGCAUAAUUAUUUUUACAUUAAAAACUAAUUUAACGGAUCUACAUGUGAUAGCAUGCGAACAAUCAUAUUGUUUAUCAUAUUUCUGCAUACCGGUAAAAACAAAAAGUGUACUGUAGCGUGUGUGUGUAGCGGUCAGAAGAGACAUUUAGUAAAAUAGUGCGAUAUAGAGAAGACUGCAAAAUAGUCAUGAACCAUUUACUAUUGAUAGUUGGAUUGACUACCACUGGGAUCGCAUCAGACGUCGAUUUCUUUUCUAAAUUCAACCAGAAUGAGUACAAAAUAAAAAAGGAACGUUUCGCCUUGAAGGACUAUAACCAGACAUUAUUAAAUUAUCUUAGAGUAUCAACAUUCAAAUUUAACCGUACAGAUUUUGCCACAAAUGUCUCCGUGUCUCCAAAGUUCGAUGUAGCCGAUAAAGAGAUCUAUGUUACAACUCAAGCAUACCUGUUUUUGUCUAACGAAUAUCGCAUAUUUCCCUUACGUUUUCAAAUAUCAUAUUGUGACUUUCUUGAAAAUCGCAUUAUGGGUUUAAGUAAUCAUGAAUGUGGUAACGUACACACUUGUCCAUUACGAAAGAAUUUCCCUUAUCAUCUCUGCAAUUGGAGAACACUUGCAAGUAAGUUACCUCCAGGAAUACCUGAUGGCCAGUACAAAUUGAAUUACAGGGGAAUGUAUUUCAAAAGCUUUCUGUUUGAUAUUGAUCACUAUGGUACCGUAUAUAGAGAACUAAAAAUCGUUGAUUGGUAGUUGUUCCAUAAGGAAUGUAAUUGUAGAUGUUGCAUGACAAAAAAAAUAGUUUGGGGGUUGGGUGUCUACGGUUUUUUUUUUAGUAGUGUCUUAGUUGCGUCACAUUAUUAUUGCUUCACUUUGUACAUUUGGUGUGUUACUUAUUAUGAA